AUGAAAAUCCCAAUCAUUGGCAAGCCCUUGGAAAUAUCUCUGAAACUAACAGGUUUUUGGAACGAAGAGGUUAAUAAGGUCGUUUUGGCUUUAAUGUGGUCAUCCGUUCUAACCACAAUGCCAUUUAGUGUGUGGGUCGCUAUUAGAAUGAGUAAAAACCCAUUGAUGCUCUUUGACAAUUUAUCAGUACUCUUGGCUCAAGUACUUUUAUACAGCAAGUUGCUGAUAUUUUCUUAUAACAGAAGGCUGCUACGCAACUUGCUGCGAGAAAUGGAGAGCGACUUCGAAAGUGAUCCGCAGUUACUGCGUUACAUCGAGUUGAGCGGCGACGAUCCGAGACGUUUCUGUAAGUACGACUUUUUCGUCUAUUUGGGCUCAAGCGCUUUGUUCUGGGUACAGAUCGGAUUCAUGUACGUCGCAGUACCAGUCGAGAUGCGCGAACCCGUCUUCAAGGUUCACUAUCCCUUCGACUACAAAAGCAGCCCCGUCUACGAAGUGCUCGUACUUACGCAAGUUAUUCAGGGUAUGCUUCAGUGCUGCAUUCAAGCUUUUUCCGAAUCUCUGCUCAUAGCUCUGGUUUCCUACGUAUGCGCACAAAUAGAUACAUUGUUCGCGAGGAUGGAAGAGUUUUCAAAAAUGUGCGUUUCAGACGACAAGAGAAAUUUGCCAAGGCUAUCUCAACCAGUUUACAAGCAGCACAUAAAAGUCCUAAAUGUGUUCGAAAAAUUGAAUAAAAUCUAUUUCUACGUAACAUUUUUUCAAGUAUUUUUCACUACUGUGGUUAUUUGUCUUUCGGGAUUCGUCGUGAUUGUGAUUAGCGACGACCCUACGAUUUUGGUCAAGUUUGCGGGUUACUAUUUCUGCUCGUGUUGGCAAAUAUUUUCAUUUUGCCUAGCUGGACAGCGUCUACUCAACAAGAGUGAUAAGAUAUCCAUGAAAAUGUACGAGACGAUUUGGUACAAGACUAGCAUUAAAGAGAUCCACGCUGUCGCAUUCAUCAUAAAAAGAUCGCAAAAGCCAUUGAUGCUGAGCGUCGCCAAGUCGACAGAGUUAUCUAUGACUACGUUCACGCAAAUCAUGAAAACUUCUUUCUCGUGUCUUUCAGUUUUGAGGGCCCGCUACAAUUGA